CUAGAGGUUUCACCCGGCCGCUCACAUUCGGCCAAGUGGCCUCUUGCUCAUCUCAAGAUAAGCCUUCUAGUCUCCUACUGCCCUUCCUCCUCCUCCAGCCAAAACGCGGCAAUCCCUGAAGCUACAAGAUUACCUUUCUUCCACCGCUUCCCAUCUCAGACUGCAGCAAGCAAUCAAGAACUCAGAGAAAGAAGAAGACAUAGCAAGAGCAAGCAAAGCAAGCAAGCUAGGAGCCGAGUGGGAGAUCACGGCCAUGGCGUUAGCCCCCACAUCUCUCCAGAGCUUCCUCACAGGGAGGCCCCUAUGCACGGCCCCGCAGCUCACGAGGUCGUCAAUUAGGCCGGCAUCGGCGAGGCUUUCUUGCAGGGCCUCCGACCAGAAGGACGCGCCUCCGUCGUGGGCCGGAAACCUCGAGCUGAAAAAUCUCGGGAAGCUGGCGAUGGUCGCCAUGGCCGCCGGCGUGCUCGUACUCGCGCCCGUCGACGACGCCAUGGCGGGCAAGUCCGGCGGCAGGAUCGGUGGGAAGGCGUUUCGGUCCGCGGCACCGCGCUCGUCCGGUCCAAGGAUAAACAACUCAAGGACGAACAUCUACGUCAAUCCCGGCGUGGCGCCACCGCUGGUCGGCGGCUACGGCUACGGUGGCUAUGGCGGGUACGGCUUGUCGCCGUUCGGCUUCUACGGUGGCCCGAGCGUCGCCCUCGGGGUCGGUGGCGGCUUCGACACGCUCGUCCUGUUCAUUGUGGGCGGGGCGGUCGUGGGCGCCGUCCGGCGGUUCCUCAACCGCAGGGAUAACGAUGAUUACGACGACUAAAUGAUACGAAUGUUCAUGGAGCGCCUGGAACUCAUUCGAAUGAGAUAUAAAAUGGUCUCAUUCGGAUGACGUAUUGAUGACGUGGCUGCUGUUUGUCGCAGCCCGAUUCCCUGGCAGACCGAGGCAGACUUCUUUCUUUCUUCCUGCACAAAACAAAUAGAAAGCCCAAUUUGGUUGUUUCCUUCUUCUUUGUAAGUUCUGGGUCCGUUGUUUGUUUGUGUUGUGGCUUGUGGGUUGUGGGCCUUCCUCCUAUGGGCCUUUUUGGGUUAUUUGUUUUAGGUGUUUUGAAAGAAGUCUAGGAAAAAAGUUUAUGUCAAAGAAAAAUCAUAAAAAGUAAAACAUUCAGGACAGAUCUGCAAUUUUUGCUUCUGAGAAAACAUUGAGAGUCUAGAUUUUUGCUUC